UCCCUUAAUUUCGUUCUCUGUCUCAUUAAAUACCGAUAGCAUUUACAACAGAUAUUUAUUACUCAGUGAAGUAAAAACAAACAAUACAAACCAAACAAGAAAAAAAAAAAAACGGACUAAACUUCCAUUAAAAUAUAAACGAAGUGAAAAAAAACAACACUGAAAAGACACAAAUAAAAAAGAAAAUAAAAAAAAACGACAAAAGAGAAAGACAAACAUGAGGCUGUAAACAGUAACACGCCAGACAGUCCCGAGACGAGGAUGGUACAAAGGCACACCACUCCCAGCUGAUCGUCGAGAGAGGGACAGUACCGAGGGCAGGAUGGCGCCGAGCUGGGGAACCACGGUGCUGCUGCUGCUGCUGAUGAUGAUGAUAAUGAUGAUGGCGAUGGAUUUACCUGUUGUUUCUGCUGAACAGCCGCUCGACUCCGUGGGAUCGCAGACGAGAGCAGUUUUCUCAACAUCUAUUAGAAGCUUUGAACACCCACCAGAUGUGACGCUCCGAGGUGCAGCGGGAGUGGACUUCCCCGCCCUCACCUCCCUCCCCAGGACCUCCUUCAGGUGCGAGGGACGCGAAUUGGGCUACUACGCUGACCUUGAGACCAGGUGCCAGGUGAGAGGGAAUUGAUUGACUGGUUGCUUAGUUGACUGAUUGGUUUAAGUAAGAAGGGAAGAGGUACAUCAUAGCAGCAUAGGAAAGGCAACAGGUGUCAGGUGAGAGAUAAUUGAUUGAUUGGUAUUGCUUGGUUGGUUGGCUGAUUGGUGGACUCAGGUAAGAAGGGUAAUGUCAGGUGAAAGUGAAGGUAAUUAGCUGAUUGAAUGAUUAGUAAGGGAGAAAGGAAGAGCAUAUUAUGGAAAAAAAUGGAAUAAAUAAAAAUAUGGCAAAGGAAUGGAGAGAAAAGGAAUAAAAAAAAAGAAGCAGAGGAAAGGAAAGAUAGACAAGAAGUAAAGGAAAGUGGAGAAGUAAGGAAAGAAACGAAAACAUGACAAGGGAAAUAUAAAUAAAUGGAAGAGGAAAAGGAAACCGUGAAAACAAUGAGGACCAGAAAUUCAAUGAGGAAAAGGAAGCGGACUAUAUUCAACCAGAAGUACAUCGUGUGUGACUGGUGGUACAACGUGGACUGCCCGCGUUCACCCGAGUUCUUUGGCGUUAAUCAGGACUUCUUCAAGAGUAGAGGAGAGGAAUAUACAACUGGAGGAGGAAAGAUUAAAGCCGAGAGGGUUAAAAACAAGGACGGCAAAAUAACAACUCCCCCAGCGCCACCCCCCAGCGCAGGCACCCCCGUCGGGACACCAGUCGUUCCUGCUGCUGGUCGUCCCCUCACACACCAGCAGAGGCGCCCCAACCACAGGCGGCGAAAGCAACGACCCAGACCACAACAGCAGGCGCAAGCAGAACCUGUGACACCCCAAGCAGAGGAAUACGUCCCUCCGCUGCCUCCUGACGCCUUCUACUCCCGUCCUCAAGGCGUCGCAGAAGGAGGUAACGUCAGGAGCUCAUUUAGUUCAGGAGGAGGGCCGCGUCCACCCACUAGUGCCGCGGGGCUUCCCUACGUGACGCCCUCCAGAGGCACGGACACUUCAGGAGGCAGCGUCAGCCCCAUCAGAAGCACCGGCAGGCCACAGCAACGCCCCCGAGACCCUCGCUGGCAAGGCAACACGCGCAGCAGGACCAGGCAGCUCGGGGGCGGCCUUGAAGUCAGCUACCGUCUCGGGGGGCAGGGACCGGCGGCCCCUGAGAAACUGACGUCACGACCACGCGCCAUCUCUCAACCGACGCCUCCUCCUCCUCCUCCUCCUCCUCCUCCUCCUCCUCCUCCUCCUCCUCCUCCCCCUCCUCCUUCUCCCCCUCCUCCUCCUCCUCCCCCUCCUUCUAAAUCUACACGUCCACCUCCUCUUACCACGGAAGAUAAUCUCCACUCCACGCCCUACACCUCCACCUCCUCCACCACAGUUCACUACCAUCCACCAUCUCCACUUACAGCCAGCAACAACAGAACCUCCACCUGCUCCUCCUACUCUUUCUCCUCCUCCACCAACGAAAUCCCUAGCACUUUCUCCUUCUCCACCUCCUCCACCAUCCAAAGUCAAAUUUCCAUCCACAACACCAUUUCCAGUCCACCUCCUCCGUUAUUAUCCUCAUCCACUUCCGUAUCACUCUCUCACCUCCACCAAGAAGUCUCAUCCACCUACAUCCACCACAAAGCCACCAUCAAGUACCUCUCAUCCACAUCCAAAAUCCACAUCUGCGUCUCCUCACCCGCAUCAUGGAUAUUCACCACGCCCUCAGCCACCUUCCACCCAUCCACAUGCGAAAUAUCCACCAAAAUCCACUUUUACAAAACAUGGAUAUAA